AGACGUGGCUCCGGGAGGGGGACACACUUCCGCAGCAGCAGUAACCAGCGAGAAAUGGCUGCAGCCGAGCUGCGCAAAGAGCUAGAAGAUUAUUUGAAAGGGCUGAACAUCGAGACUCUGUGUGAGGAACAUCCUGAGGUGUUCACUGUUGAAGCCAUGAUGCCUUAUGUACAACACCUUAAAGGGGCACACAGUAAGAAUCUGUUUCUGAAAGACAAGAAGAAAAAAAGCUUAUGGUUAGUGACCGUCUUAUACAAUAGACAAAUCAACUUAAAUGACCUUGCAAAGAAGCUUGGCUGUGGAAGUGGAAAUCUGCGCUUUGCAGACGAAGGAACAAUGCUGGAAAAAUUAAAAGUUGGUCAAGGUUGUGCGACACCUCUUGCUUUGUUUUGUGAUAAACAAGGUGAUGUAAAAUUUGUGUUAGAUUCAAACUUUGUGGAUGGAGGACAUGAAAGAAUCUAUUUUCACCCAAUGAUUAAUUCAGCCACUAUGGGUAUAAAGCCUGUAGACUUCUUGCAUUUUGUAAAGGAAACAGGACAUGAACCUACAAUUGUAAAGUUUGAUUAAAAUAGAAACAAAAGCUUAAAUAAAAUGACAUGCAACUGACUGGUGCUUUCAAUUUUUACAAUACUCUUUUCUUCUGAAAUUGAGAUUACUUUCAUUGCCGUAAAUAAUUCCACUAAAUUGUUCUAAACUUUUAACAGAGGGUCAUCCUUUGUAUUAAUGGAAGAGUGCCACUGUCUCAAAUGUAUUGAUUACCUGCUGUAUCUUAUCUUUUACCACCAAUUGUAUAAAAAUAUGGAGAGAAUCACUUACAAUGUAUGUGAGAGUUGAUUUCCUUUUCGUAGAAAAGUUCAUAGCACAGUGUUUUGUCAUUUAUUUCCCUGGAGAUGCAGUUGGGAGUUAGUGCUGGAGACACACACACUAUUUGAAUAUAAUGGCCUUUUAUCAAGCAGUCUGAAGUCAGAUUAAACAUAAUUUGAUGCAGCAUUAAUCUCUACUCCUUCCUAAACAUACUUCUGCUCCAAAAUCAGAAAAGUACUCCCUUAUAUCUCAUGGCGACAGUUUUCCAUAGAACAUAGAACAGUACAGCACAGAACAGGCCCUUCAGCCCACAAUGUUGUGCCGACCAUUGAUCCUCAUGUAUGCACCCUCAAAUUUCUGUGACCAUAUGCAUGUCCAGCAGUCUCUUAAAUGACCCCAAUGACCUUGCUUCCACAACUGCUGCUGG